AUGCCAUUACAAUGGAGGUGCGCUGAAAACCAUGAAAGGAUAGCUAAAUUUUCUCAAAUUAAAGAUGGACAUUGGUGUCCGUAUUGUGCAGGUAAUGCUCGUAGUAAAAAUGGAAAUUGCAUUUCUGAUAAAUAUAUUAAUAAUAAUAGUAAGUUACCACCUAAGAUACAUUAUCCUGAAUUUUUAAAAACAUUAAAAUAUCCAACAGGACUAGAACUCGAUAUCAAUUGUCCUCAGUAUGAUCUAGCUAUAGAACAGGAUCGGGAUCAACUCAAGAAAGAAUUGUGCGAAGAAAACUGGAUUGUUUUAAGAAAAAAUCCAGUACAAUGGGAUCGGGAAGAAUGGUUCGUGGAAUUUGGACAUCAGGAUGUGCUUGGUGGUAGAGACAAUCCAAAUUAA